UCAGCAGGUUCUCUCAUUACAGCUAAUAUCAAAUCACGGCUCACCUCAAUGUGCAGGUAUAUAAAGUGGUGCAACACAAGUGGCACAAGAAGUUCAUCUUCUUACUGACACCUGAACGUCGGAGAAGAGAGAUCAGCUAUGCGUGAAUGUAUUUCCAUACACGUGGGCCAAGCUGGGGCUCAGAUUGGCAAUGCAUGUUGGGAACUUUACUGUUUGGAACAUGGUAUCCAGCCAGAUGGACAAAUGCCUUCUGAUAAGACAUUUGGGGGUGGAGAUGACUCAUUCAACACCUUUUUCAGUGAGACGGGAGCCGGAAAACAUGUCCCAAGAGCCAUCUUUGUCGACCUGGAGCCCACUGUCAUCGAUGAGGUGCGUACAGGUGCCUACCGCCAGCUGUUCCACCCAGAGCAGUUGAUCACUGGGAAGGAAGAUGCUGCCAACAACUAUGCUCGUGGUCACUACACCAUUGGCAAGGAGUUCAUUGAUCUGGUUCUGGAUAGGACUCGCAAGCUGGCUGAUCAGUGCACUGGUUUGCAAGGUUUCCUCAUCUUCCAUUCCUUUGGUGGAGGCACCGGCUCUGGUUUCACUUCCCUCCUCAUGGAGAGACUGUCUGUUGAUUAUGGUAAAAAGUCCAAGCUUGAGUUUGCUAUCUACCCAGCCCCCCAGGUUUCCACAGCAGUUGUGGAGCCCUACAACUCCAUUCUGACAACUCACACCACACUGGAGCACUCCGACUGUGCAUUCAUGGUGGACAACGAAGCUAUCUAUGACAUCUGUCGCAGGAACCUCGAUAUUGAAAGGCCAACCUAUACUAACCUGAACAGGCUCAUUGGUCAAAUAGUGUCAUCUAUCACAGCCUCUCUUCGCUUUGACGGAGCCCUGAAUGUCGACCUGACAGAGUUCCAGACCAACCUGGUGCCCUACCCUCGUAUCCACUUCCCUCUGGCCACAUAUGCCCCAGUAAUUUCCGCUGAGAAAGCCUACCAUGAGCAACUCUCUGUUGCCGACAUCACCAAUACCUGCUUUGAGCCAGCCAACCAGAUGGUGAAGUGUGAUCCUCGUCAUGGCAAAUACAUGGCCUGCUGUCUUCUGUAUCGCGGCGAUGUGGUGCCCAAAGACGUCAACUCCGCCAUUGCCGCCAUCAAGACCAAACGCACCAUCCAGUUUGUGGACUGGUGUCCCACAGGUUUCAAGGUGGGGAUCAACUACCAGCCUCCAACAGUGGUUCCUGGGGGCGAUCUGGCCAAAGUGCAGAGGGCUGUGUGCAUGCUGAGCAACACCACAGCCAUCGCUGAGGCCUGGGCCCGUUUGGAUCACAAGUUUGACCUAAUGUACGCCAAGAGGGCCUUUGUGCACUGGUAUGUAGGGGAGGGAAUGGAGGAGGGAGAGUUCUCCGAGGCCAGAGAGGACAUGGCUGCCCUGGAGAAGGAUUAUGAAGAGGUGGGUACAGACUACAUGGGAGAUGAGGAUGAAGGAGAGGAAUAUUGACCCAAAGAGCCAAAGACAAGUAGACACAAGUAGUACAGUGGAUAUUGGCACAAAUUAGAUGGUUUAGUCGAGGUUUUCGAUUAAGACGACAAGUGAUAGAUUUGUUAGUUAGAACCUCCAAAGAUCCUUUCUUUGUCCCGUGUCAGACUCUCUUUUGUGCACCUCCCCCACUAUCCCCACACAUGUGGAAUGUAAGUUAUGAAAGGGCUCCAAUGUCAGUUUCUAUAUACCAUUCAGCUGUGACUCUGUGAGAGCGCUAGAGUGAGAGAAUGAACGACUAACGCCCUGUCUGGUGUUUUUUGUGUAGCACCACUAGAGCAACAACUGAAUCCCACUGAUCUUAUCUUACAGUACAACUCAGUGAUAAGGGAACGGUUGAAUAACUGAAAGAAACUCACUUCAGCUGUAUAGUUAAUAUAAUUUUUUACAUCUAUGUUUGUCAAAGAUCAUGUAUUCUUUAAAAAUACUUUAAAACUGUAGUUUCCUUUGUUCACUUGAAAGUACAGGUUCACAAAUAAGGUGCCUAUUGUCACUGAAACAGGUUUUGUUUACUGAAAUCGUUCUCCCUGUUAAUACAACACCAGUAAAAGAUCCCGUCUCAUGCAGGGGUGGCGAGCCAUCUAAAUGACCCAAACAAAGUCGAUAAAACAACGGCUGUCCCCCUCCGCCCUACAGUACUUUCAAACUGAUCCAAGGGUGCCGUAGUUGUGAACUGCUCUAGUGUGUCUGCUCGCUCUGUGUGAGGGUGUGAUCAUCUACAAAUGGGUCAAAGUGCAUUUCUCUGCAGGCAGUGCAAAUUGAUGGGGUGGUUUCCUCAGCAUUAACUCUUUCAUGG